CCAUUCUCCAUGGCUGCCAAAAUUCAAAUAUGUUUGCCAUUGCUCUCCACUCCAACCUCAAAGCCCAAACCCCGCUUCCAAUCCCUCACCAUUUCAGCCUCCAAAUCCACUCGCCCAUCCAUCAACGGCCGCAAGCUCCGGGCGGCAGUGAUCGGCGGCGGUCCGGCUGGUUCAUCCGCUGCGGAGGCAUUAGCCGUCGGCGGCGUCGAGACCUUCCUAUUUGAGCGGAACCCACCGUCAGUCGCCAAGCCAUGUGGCGGCGCCAUUCCCCUCUGCAUGCUCGAAGAGUUCGACAUUCCUCACCACCUCAUCGACCGCCACGUCACCCGCAUGCGAAUCUUCUCCCCUUCCAACAUCGCCGUCGACUUCGGCAAAACCCUAAAACCCCAAGAGUUCAUCGCCAUGCUCCGCCGCGAGGUCCUCGACUCCUUCCUCCGUUCCCGCGCCCAGACCGCCGGCGCCAACCUCAUCGCUGGCCUCGUCACCGGCCUCGAUCUCCCCGCCUCGCCAAACGCACCCUACACCGUUCACUACACGAUCAACAACUCCACCCGGCGUUCCCUCGCCGUCGACGUGGUGAUCGGCGCAGACGGAGCCAACAGCCGCGUCGCGAAGUCGAUCGGCGCCGGCGGAUACGCCUGCGCCAUCGCGUUCCAGGAGCGGAUCAAAUUACCGGACGAGAAAAUGGCGUACUACGAAAAUCUCGCGGAGAUGUACGUAGGCGACGACGUAUCGCCAGAUUUCUACGGGUGGGUAUUUCCCAAGUGCGACCACGUGGCAGUGGGCACUGGUACGGUGCGGUCGAAGCAGGAUAUUAAGUUGUACCAGAGGGGGAUCAGGGAAAGAGUGAGGGCGAAGAUCAACGGUGGGAAAGUUAUAAAAGUGGAGGCCCACCCGAUUCCGGAGCACCCGCGUCCGGUUCGGGUCAGGGGACGCGUGGCGCUUGUUGGGGACGCUGCUGGUUACGUUACUAAGUGUUCGGGUGAGGGUAUUUAUUUUGCGGCGAAAUCGGGUCGGAUGUGUGGAAACGGCGUCGUAAAGGCCUCUGAGGGUGGGGAGAGGAUGAUUGAUGAGUGUGAUCUUAGGAGGGAAUACCUGAAAGAGUGGGACGCGGAGUACGUUAGCACGUUUAGGUUUUUGGAUUUGUUGCAGAGGGUUUUCUAUGGUAGUAACGCGGGCAGGGAGGCUUUGGUGGAGCUGUGUGGAGAUGAACACGUGCAACGCAUGACGUUUGAGAGCUAUUUGUAUAAGAAGUUGGCACGUGGGAGAGUGUGGGAUGAUGCUAAGCUUUUGAUGAAUACCAUUGGGAGCUUGGUGAGGUGUAAGGUUGUAGGAAGACAAAUGGAGGGUUUGAUUCUAUGA